AUGCCAAACCGCAGGACCAGCCGUAAUGCCUACUAUUUCUUUGUGCAGGAGAAGAUCCCUGAACUACGGCGGCGAGGCCUGCCCGUGGCUCGCGUAGCUGAUGCCAUCCCCUACUGCUCUGCUGACUGGACGCUCCUGAGGGAGGAAGAAAAGGAGAAGUAUGCAGAAAUGGCUCGGGAGUGGAGAGCAGCCCAGGGAAAGGACUCUGGGCCUUCGGAGAAGCAGAAACCUUUUUCCACCCCACUGAGGAGGCCAGGCAUGCUUGUACCAAAGCAGAAUGUUUCACCCCCGGAUAUGUCAAGUUUGUCUCUAAAAAGUGAUCAAGCUCUCCUUGGAGGCAUUUUUUAUUUUUUGAACAUUUUUAGCCAUGGUGAACUACCUCCUCAUUGUGAACAGCGCUUCCUCCCUUGUGAAAUAGGCUGUGUUAAAUAUUCUCUCCAAGAAGGUAUUAUGGCAGAUUUCCACAGUUUUAUAAAUCCUGGUGAAAUUCCACGAGGAUUUCGGUUUCAUUGUCAGGCUGCAAGUGAUUCUAGUCACAAGAUUCCUAUUUCAAACUUUGAAUCUGGGCAUGAUCAAGCAACUGUGUUACAAAACCUUUAUAGUUUUAUUCACCCAAACCCAGGAAGCUGGCCACCUAUCUACUGCAAGUCUGAUGACCGAGCCAGAGUCAACUGGUGUUUGAAGCAUAUGGCAAAGGCAUCAGAAAUCAGGCAAGAUCUAGAACUUCUCACUGUAGAAGAUCUUGUAGUGGGAAUCUACCAGCAAAAAUUUCUUAAGGAGCCCUCUAAAACCUGGGUUCGGAGCCUCCUAGAUGUGGCCAUGUGGGAUUAUUCUAGCAACACAAGGUGCAAGUGGCAUGAAGAAAACGAUAUUCUCUUCUGUGCUUUAGCUGUUUGCAAGAAAAUUGCGUACUGCAUCAGUAAUUCUCUGGCCACUCUCUUUGGAAUCCAGCUUACAGAAACUCAUGUACCACUUCAAGAUUAUGAGGCCAGCAACCGUGUGACACCCAAAAUGGUUGUAUUGGAUGCAGGGCGUUACCAGAAGCUAAGAGUUGAGAGUCCAGGAUUUUCUCAUUUCAACUCUUCUAAUCAGGAACGAAGGUCAAACACACACACUGGUGACUGUCCAUCUGGGGUGAAAAUUUCUGGCCAAAACAGCAGUGUUCGGGGAAGAGGGAUUACGCGCUUACUAGAGAGCAUCUCCAAUUCCUCCAGCAAUAUCCACAAAUUCUCCAACUGUGAGACAUCGCUCUCACCUUACAUGUCCCAGAAAGAUGGAUACAAAUCUUUCUCUUCCUUAUCUUAA